GUGCCCACCAUUCGUUUUCUAUGACUAUCCUGCAUGUCUGGGCAAAAUUUGGAAAAAAUCGUAGGGCCCAUUUUCGAGUUACGCCCUUUUUAAGGGCGUAAACCCCAAUAUUCAAAGAAAAAAUCAAAAUAUUUAGUACUCAAUUAUUUUUGAAUGAUUUUGAUGAAAUAUUUUCAUGAAAAAUUGUAUUGCAUUGAGUAAUAGAUUUGUUUAGCAUAGUUUUUUUUCAAACAAUUGAAGAAAAUAUGACGCUUUUGUGAGUUGAUAUAAAUAAAAGUGUAUUUAUAUGAAAAUAUUUGUAACUUCUCUGGUUGAAGUACGCUAAGGAGAACGUGAAUGUAUAUAAACAAAAAAUAAAUGAAGUAAAUGAAGAGGAAGCUCAUAAAAAGAGAAACCUAGCAUAACAUGUGAAAAAGGCCUGAGUGCCUUUUGUAAACAAACAUGAUUUGAUCGCUGUAGGGCCCAACUAUAUCCACCCACGAAUAUCCGCACCCUUACCGAUAGCCUCAAAAUUGCUUUAUCUGAUAAGGGUGUUGGUGUGCGUGGGUGUAUCGAGAUGGGGCUACAGCGAUCGAAACAUGUUUGUUUGCAAAAAAAACACUUAAGCUCUUUUCACAUGUUAUGCUAACGAUAUUAUGUGUGUUUGAAUAAAUGGAAAAGAGUUUGAAUUGUUUUAAGCCCUUUACAUAGUUCUUUUAUUUGCACAAGAAAAAAAAACAAUCAAUUCUGUAUGAAAUCAUGAACACAAAUAUGUGAUGAUUUAGAAAUUUUGAAGGGCAAUUACAUUUAACCAGAUAUGUAUUGUAUUUGAAAACGUAAUAUUUUGAAUAAGAAUGUAAUCUAUAUAUAUAAAAAUGAGUUUGAAGUUCCUUUGAGGCAACAAAACUCAAGAAUGGAUGAACCGAUCAGCAUGACUCUUGCACUGUUCGGUUCGUAUUCGUGGUGGCUGUGUUUAUAUGUACAAAAAGUUACGAAAAUCUACUAAAACAGUAUGAAAAUUGAAAAAUCGCUUAUUUAUUAUGAGCUGGGAAGAAAAUCAACACGAUCGAUAUGAAACCAAUCUAGAGUGCGGUGCUAAAAUGAGCUCAAACGCUGUCAAACCACCGCAAGCUUGGCAAGGCAAAGUGUGGUUGACACGGCCACCGAUUGAUUCCGUUUUUUUUGUUAUCAUUCGUGCGUACUCCUUACCAAAAAAAAAAAAAAAAUAAUAAAUAUAAGAAACUAAACAGCGUUUCAAAUCCCUUGUUUAGAGUACAAUGAAAAAGAGAGCAUUAAGAGAACUGAUACCUUACGUAGAUUAUCGACAGCGCCUAAGUUGCAAUGAGCCGCGCAAAUAUAUAGAUAUUUCUUUUAAAAAAUGGGUUAUAAACAGACUUGCUUCGGCAUUAGCGUUUUCUAAGUCUUUUCAUUUGCAUCACAUAUCCACAUAGUUUCUAUAAAAGGAGGACAACACGCUGCCAGGAGGCGUUUGUGGUGUGAUAAUCAUGUUUUCCAAUAGUAAAUUUAAACACAUGUGUGUGGUCUUUAUCACCGUAAAGCGGCUUUCAGUGUGGGUAUUCUUAUUUAUAAUACACUAUUACAUUCUUAUUCAAAAUAUUACGUUUUCAAAUACAAUACAUAUCUGAUUAUAUGUAAUUGUCAUUCAAAAUUUAUAAAUCAACACAUAUUGGUGUUCAUGAUUUCAUACACAAUCGAUUCGUUUUUAUUCUUGUGCAAAUAAAAGAAUUAUUGAUUGAUUUGUCUUUAUUAAAGAGACUUUCAGCCCUUGGCUGGUUCGUCUCUAUCCUAAACAUAAAAGAAUUAUGUAAAGGGCUUAAAACAAUUCAAUUUCUUCUUCCAUUCAUUCAAACACACAUAAUAUCAUUUCUAGCAUAACAUGUGAAAAGGACCUAAGUGCUUUUUGCAAACACACAUGUUUUGAUCGCUGUAGCCCCCAUCUCGAUACACCCACGCACACCAACACCCUUUUCAGAUAGAGAAAUCUUCGGGCUAUCGGUUAAUGAUGCGGAUAUUCGUUGGUGGAUACAGUUGGGUCCUACAGUGAUCGAAACAUGUUUGUUUAUAAAAGCACUCAGGCCUUUUUCACAUGUUAUGCUAGGUUUCUCUUUUUAUGAGCUUUCCCUUCAUUUACUUUAUUUUUUUGUUUAUAUACAUUCACGUUUUUUCUCAACGUAUUUCAACCAGAGAAGUUACAAAUAUUUUCAUAUUUUAUUCAUUAUUUCAACAAAAACUGUGCUAAACAAAUCUAAUACUCAAUGCAAUACAAUUUUUCAUGAAAAUAUUUCAUCAAAAUCAUUUAAAAAUUGUUGAGUACUGAAUUUUUCGAUUUUUCUUUGAAUAUUGGGCUUUACGCCCUUUAAAAAGGCGUAACUCAAAAAUGGGCCCUACGAUUUUUUCCAAAUUUUGCCCAGACAUGCAGGAUAGUCAUAGAAAACGAAUGGUGGGCACCGAUUGGAUGGAGAAUUUUUUUUUAUAAUAACGGUCUGGGGAGCACCGUGGUUGCGAAAGCGUUACGAAGCAGUUUUCGAAGGUUUCGGAGCUUCUCAGGAGCGUUACAUAGAGUCCAACCCCUCGGGGGAUUUUAGAUGCAUUUCAGGAAGUUAGGUGGGAUUCAUGUGCGUUACAUGGGGUCCAAAGGGGUCUCAGAGGGAUCUUGCAGGCAUUGAAGUUGAUGAAUUUUCAGAAGAUUUUGAAAGUCCUUAUCACAUAUCUUUUGAAACGCCCUUUUGGAACGCUUAACUCUCCUUUGACAUUAGGAUCAGUUUUGACCCAAACCGUACACUACCUCAGCGAGCUGUUUCCAACGUGAUGCAAUAGGAAGGGUAUUUAAUCCCUUGGAUUUAAAGAUGUUCUUGAUACGUUUCCCUAAAAUGGCUCGAAACUCCCCUGAAACCUCCGUAAUCCAAUUGAAACGCCCUUAAAAUCAUCAUAAUCAAUUUGAAAUUUCUCGGAAACCCUUUGGAUGCCUUUGAUAGGGCCCAUAAACCCCCUGAAAUGCACCUGAAAGCCCCUUGAAACGCCCCUAAAAUUCUAUUCAACGCCCCUAAAACCUCUAGACACGCCUUUAAAAGGUUCCUGAAACACCCCGAAACUCUCUUAGAUUACUCUGAAAUGACUGCAGUAUCUUGAUACGCCCUUCAAAGGCUCCUGAAAUCCCUUCAAUUGGCCUUAAAGCCCCUUGAAAUGUUCCUGAAAUCCCCGUUAAAAUGCCAAAAAAUCUUGACAGAUAGCCCUUAAAAGGCUCCUCAAAUUCUCUGCAAUAACUCCUUAAACACCCCUUGGAACCCCCUUUUUUAGGGUUCUCUGAGAAUUUUCUGGAAAAACCCUUAGCCCCAACCCAAAUGCCCAGGAGCAAGAUCUGUUCGCGCAAACUAUAAUCCCGCAUUGAAACCCAAACUUAAUGUAUGCAUAAAUCUACCUUUUUCUAUGCCUCUUUUAAUUUAUGCACAUUUUCAAUUUAUGCAGUCCCAUGUGCAUAAACAGAGGUUCCAGUGUAAAGAGUUUUUUCUACGUAUUUCUGUGGUUCUAGUGCUCAACAGCAUAGAAAGGGUAGAACAUUAUAUUAUACAGAUUUUUUUCUGGAUAUCCUAGAUCAUCCAAACUGUUCCUGAGUUCAGAUCUUGACGUCUACGGGCGUAACGGUAACUUCUUUCAUUAUAGAAAGCUACGAUUUGUAUUCUAUCAUGUUUAGUAAGUCUUCUGAAAAGGAGCGUAUCUUGACUAUCACGCCGAAGACCUGGGAUCGAAUCCCACUCCCGAAAAACUCACAAAAAUGUGAGUUCUUUCUUCGGAAGGCACGUACAGUGUGGGAUCCGACAUGAACUAGCCUAGGGCUAAAAAUCUCGUUAACCUUCCGUAACUCGCGCGGUUGGCCACCACCGUCAGCACCACGCUAAUGCAAAUGCUAAUGCUUGCUUUUUGAUUAUACAAAGCUACGUUUAGUAUUCUAGCAUAUCCAGUAAAUUUUCUGAAAGUUCAAUAUACAGUAUCAGAACAGUCGGAUCCUAGGUCAUCCAAACUAUUCUUGAGUAAAGAUCUUAAAGUCUACGGGUGUAACGAUAACUUCAUGCCCAGUAGGUUUCCUGAUUUGAUUUCUUGUUUGAUAUGAUUUCUGGUUGAUCUGGAAUAUCUCAAAACUAUCUUGGAAUGACACAUGAAAUGCCAAAGGGAUUACAGAUUACAGUUGGACGUGUAAUGUUAUAGUUCAUUGUGAGAAUAACUACUGUUACUGUCAAGGGCAAAGCAGUGAAAGGAUGUCCACAAGGAGGCGUUUUAUCGCCACUUCUCUGGUCUCUUGUGGUGGAUGAACUACUAACAAGUUUAGAAUCACAAGGAUUUGAAGUAAUUGGGUUUGCCGACGACACUGUCAUUAUAGUCAGGGGAAAAUAUGACAGUGUGAUCGCGAGCAGAAUGCAAACAGCUUUGAACCACACGAUUAAAUGGUGUAUGUCUGAAGGUUUGGACAUCAACCCUCAUAAAACAAACAUCAUUCCGUUUACUAAACGAAAAAAAUUCAACAUUUAAGGGACUUUAAUGACACUUUCAUCAGAAGUAAAAUACUUGGGAGUUAUUUUGGAUAGUAAAUUAAACUGGAAUUCACACUUAAAUUAUGCCAUAGACAAAGCAACAAAUACACUGUGGAUAAGUAAAAGAACCUUUGGUAAUAAAUGGGGACUGCGACCAGCUAUGAUCCAUUGGAUUUACACGGCUAUCGUAAGACCCAGAAUUACAUAUGCUUCAUUGGUGUGGUGGCCAAAAACUAAGGAAAAAUGUGCGAUUAAAAAACUGGGAAAAAUACAAAGACUCGCUGCUGUAUCAACAACAGGUGCAAUGCGUAGCACUCCCACAAACGCAUUAGAUGCUAUGCUAAAUAUUCUCCCGUUACAUCAAUAUGUCCAGCUGGAAGCCGAAAAAGCCGCAAUACGGCUUAAGCGUACCAAGGUCUUAUAUGAUGGUGACAUCAAAGGACAUUUGAGUGUUCUAAAAGAAAUUCAAGUCAAUCCAUUAGCUACAGUCAAUAAUGACUGGAUGGAAACGCAAUUCAAUUUCGAACGCAUGUAUAAUGUUAUAGAGCCGGAUCGUACAGUUUGGGACGAAGGAGGACCGCUAAUUCGUCCAGGAUCAAUCGUAUUUUAUACUGAUGGAUCGAAACAAAACGAUCAAGUUGGAGCUGGAGUUACUGGCCCUGGUGUUAGUUUGUCAGUAUCUAUGGGUAGAUGGCCAACCAUCUUCCAAGCUGAAAUACAAGCAAUACUAGAAUGCGCUACUAUUUGCUUAAAAAGAAAAUACAAACAUUCAAACAUAUGCAUUUUCUCGGAUAGUCAGGCAGCUUUAGCAGCUUUAAAAUCAUACACAUGUACUUCGAAGUUGGUAUGGGAAUGUGUCCUUUUGCUGCAACAAUUGUCUGCUAACAAUUCCAUUAACAUUUACUGGGUGCCUGGUCACCAUGGAAUAGAUGGGAAUGAAAAAGCAGAUGAACUUGCAAGAAUGGGAUCAUCUAAACCUCUACUAGAGCCAGAGCCUUUUUGUGGGACCUCUCCAUGUUCCAUAAAAAUGGAGCUCAGGAACUGGGAAAAGGUCAUGAUGAUAACCAACUGGAAUAACACCCAAGGUGCACGACAAUCCAAAAAGUUUAUUACUCCAAAUAUUUCUGUUACACAAAAACUUCUUGCUCUGUCAAAGAAAGACCUGUGUACAUACACAGGACUAAUAACAGGCCACUGUUUAGUUAAAUAUCACCUAAGACUUAUCAAAAUAGUCGAAGAGGAUGUUUGUCGUUUUUGCAAUGAGGAAACUGAGACCUCUGAACAUUUGCUAUGUGAUUGUAUUGGGCUUUAUACCACAAGGCUAAAAUAUUUUGACAAGGGAUUUUUACAGCCCUCUGAUAUAUGGUCGUUAUCCCCUCGUAAGGUAAUUCAUUUUAUACGAUAUAUUAUUCCCUGCUGGGAAAAUACCGAUAAUCAUGUGCAGAGGGUCACUACUCAUAGUGACCUAUCGCCUUGAGAAACGGUUAAACAUUAAAGUGGGUGGUGUAUCACAAUAGAUCAGAGAAGUGCUCGCAGUGAUAAGUUACCCUACAAAAAAAAAAAAAAAAAAACUGUCAAGGGCUAAACUUCAAGACAAUUUGGAAGACCCUUUAUGCCCCAAGGGUUCAUAAUAAUAUAUAAUAGACUUUAGGUUGGUCCAGUAACCGCGAUUGAUUAUGCAAUGUUACUCUGCAUAUCAGAACUGGUUGUUGUUACGAGUGCAGAUCUGAAGUUCUGAACUCCAAGAUAGAUUUCAAGAACUUCACGGAUCCCAGCAGAUAUUUAUGAUGAAAACACAUAAAAUUGUUCUUGUAGAUUUGAAGAACUUUAUUAUAAAACAGUUUGGACGACCCAGAAUGUCCCAAAGGUUUAUAAUAAUAAUAUCUUGCAGACUUUAGGUUUGUUCAGUACCUACCCGCAACGUUACUCAGUAUGGUAGAUAUGGCUAAUGUUACAAGUGUAGACUCGAGAUUCUAAACUCCAAGGCAAUUUGGGAUACUUGGAAUUCCCUAUAGUAUAGUGUAUAAAAAUGACAUUGUAAAUUUAUAGAGCUUCACGAAUCCCAGCAGAUUAUGUAAUGCUUUUAGAUUUGAAGGACUUUACUACAGAGCAGUUCGGAACACGUAGAACAUCCCAGAACAUGAAACAGCUUUUGAUAUUCUUGGGAUAUUUCUCAAAGCUUCACACAGGAAUUCUCUUGGAAUUCAACUUGAGAUUUCACUCGGAGUUUCUCCCGGAAUUUAUUUUAGUUUUUCAUAGCUUAUCCUGGACUUUCUCUAAAUAUUUUUUCCGGGGUUCAUUCAGCGUUCCUUUUGAAAUUUCUACAGAAACUAUUGUUAAUAUUUCUCUCGGAGUUCUUUCCAUGAUUUCUGAGGGUUUUCCAGGCAUUUCCUCUAAGUUGUUUUCGAGGAUUCUUGCUGUGAUCGUCCUCAGAUUUCUCUCAGGGAUAUCCUCCAGGAUUACUCCCAGUGUUUUUUCCAGUAUCCAGCCCGGGAGUCUUUUGGGUGUCUCUUUUGGGAUUUUUAGCCAGGGGUUUCCACGAGUUUGUCUCGGAACACACUAGAAACUGGAACCUCUUUUUAUGUCAUGAACUGGGGGUACAUAAAUUGAAAAUGUGCAUGAAUCAGAAAAGAGGAAAUUCAGUCAGUACCUUUGAUGAAAGAACAUAGUUCUCACACUUGCCUCUGGGUGUGUGUGUUUGUGAUCGUGCAUUGGUCUUUCAGACCAAGAACCAGAAAAUUGUAACAAAAUAUAACAAAACAUAAUUUGUAUAUCUCAUUGUGGUCUAUAUGUUCAACAUUGGUAUUUUUAAAUACUGUAACGCGAUUAUAUCACAUUUAGUUAUAAAUGUUGUUUAAGUUUUCAAUUUCAAUAUAAUUUAGUUUUGACUCUUCGACGUUUAGAAAAUAUUGAUAAUAAAUAGUAUCAAAUUUUGAUAGAAACUUGCUAAAAUGCAUAUCACAUUAUGUUAUAAGGACUGUUCAUUAAAGAAAGUGGACACCUGUUUUUCAAUAGAAAAAAAAAUAUUUUCGAACAAAUUCAUAACUUUAUUUUUUUCUUAUGACAAUCAACAUACAUGUGACCGAAUUCACGAGAGUUUGAACAUUUACUUUGCAUUUCUGAAGAACGCUCGGACUUUCCUUUUGAUACAUCCCAUUAGAUUCUGCACAACUUUCUCCGUAACCUUUCGUUGUGCCGCAGUCCAAAUUUUCUUGAAGCAAUCAACAGAGCUUGCUUCUCUUCCAUCUUUCUUGAGAUGCCGCCUAAUUAUUGUCCAAUAUAUUUCCGCAGGACGCAGUUAAUGGAAGUUUGGUGGAUUUUGCCAUUUUUCGAGGAAAUCGACUUUUUCCGUCUUCAGCAUCUCUAGUGUAGAAGAAGCUGUAAUAAGCGGAUGCCAGAUCCGGCCAAAACAGUGGAUAAUCCGUAUGUUUUCGGUAGAUGGGCAUAAGUCGUUUUUUGAUGCAUUCCUCUCUGUUAUUUUCACCGUUAAUUGUUCCCAUUAUUAAAUAUGAAGAACUCUUUGAGCCGCAUGAACAAUUGGCUUGCCACACCAAAAACUUUUGCCCAUUUUUUCGGUUCUGAUGUACCCUACAUCAUCUGGCACAUCUGUCCCCUGCUCAGCGUUGAAAAAUUGCGGUCAUGGAAGUGUACUAAUAUGUCAAUUCUCGAAACGACAACUUUUUGGAACACCAUUUGUGCAGAAUUAAAAGCUAGUCGCUAAGCUAAUCCGACCCGUCGCUCGAAAUUUCUAACUUUUUUCCGUUUUCUUUGAGUGUGCUGCCAAAGUGAACAAUGGUUUUACACACUGAGCAAAAAUUCACAAUUUUUUGUUAAGUUUUAACUUUAAACUAUUGGUGAACAGAUGUCUACUUUCUUUAAUGAACAGUCCUUAAUUUUGAUUCGAUCAUAACAAAAUAUGUUAUUAUCUUGAUUAGACCAGUGUAUGUCUUUUUGUCAUUUAAACAGCAUCUUGCAUCUUGUUUACAACAUAAUAAGUUAUUGAAACAUAUUAUAACAUCAUAACAAAAUAUGAUAUUAACUAUAAUUCGGGCUUGAAUUGAGAUUUUAACAAGAUCAAGGGGCGCUUCAGAGGUAUUCAAGGGGAUUUCAGGUGGUUUCAGGUAUCUUAGAUUUAUUUUAUAGGGUUUAAAGCUCUUUCAAAGGCGCUUCUACAAGGUUAAGGGGCGUUUCAAAGCGAUUCAAGCCGUACCGGAACCCCCCUAUAACGCUAAAACACCAUUGGAACCGUCUACACUAUAUUAAAUCUUCCAGCGAUCCCCUUAAACCCCCAAAAUGUCCCUGAAUCUACCUGAGACUCCCCGAAACUGCUUUAACUCUCCAUGGAACCCACUGUAGCUACUUGAAACGCUUCUGAAACUCCUCUUGAAAUGCCCUGAAACCUUCAACAGCCCCCUGAAAUCUCUUGAAGCCCCCUGUGAUGUCACUGAGAUCCCCAGAAUCCUGCCUGAAUUCCCUUGGGGAAUCUCAAGGGGAAGCAUAUAUUAAAAUUUCUUAGAGAUCCACUGAGACUCCUUGAAAUUGCCUAGAAACCCCCUGAAAUUUCCCAGCAACUCUCUUGAGAGUUCUCUGAUUCCUCUUGAGAACCUCCUGAACCAUCCGGAGACCAUCUUAAACGCCAUUCAGACUCCCUGAAAUUCCCUGAAUUCCCCUAAAACACACCUGAAAACCCUUGAGAUCCCUCGAAUCGCCCUUGGGAUCUCCAGACCCUCUGCAUCCGCCUGAUAACCCAUUAAACGCCCCUGAGAUCCCCUGGAAAGCCCCCUGAAACCGUCUGGAACUCCUCGAAAUGUCUCUAUAAUCUUCCUGGAUGCUUUUGAAACCCUCGGAAACCCUCUGAAACCCUCUCAACGUUCCUGAAAUUCACUUAAACGCCUUCAAAAUUAAGUCUUGAAUUGAAUCGAGUGUAUUGAUGGUUUGUACCUUUCAAUUUCACCAGUCAGUUAUCCAGACUGAUGAAGACAGCAAGUGGUAUUCGAAAUACGCGUUUCUGUCAAAUACUAGAUAUGUCAAUACAAUUGGUUCAAUUCCAGACUUCGGUUUGAAGGCAUUUAAGGGAAUUUCAGAGAUGUUGAGAGAAUUUCAGAGGUUUUUCGGGGAUCUCAGAAGCAUUCUGGUAGUUUUACAGGCAUUUUGAGGAGUUCCAAAAGGAUUUCAGGGGCGUUCUAGAGGAUCGGCGGGAGAGAGUCUCUGCAACCCAAUAUUGUCCCCUCUUUAGACCCCUUUGGAAUUUUUCAAACUUUUAAGAGACAUUUUCGAAGGAACGUCGUUAGAAAUCUGGCGAGACACUCUAAGAUAACCCCGGAAAGGAAGUGCUACAGAAGUAUCGCAACUUCUAGCAACAUUUGUGGCAUCGAAAAACACAUUACCGGCAACCUGAUAUGGUGUUUUGUUUUGAUGCUGCGUUCCAUUUCACACCGUUCCAUAAGCAGAAUGACGUUUGAACUAUUUUUAGAUUGAACGGUGUGCAGAUUAGAGGGGGUCAAACCAAAAAGUGUUCAGAUUAUAUGCGGUCUAGCGAAGAUGGGUAGACAAUAGUAA